UUUUUAUAUCGAUAUUCGUAAUAUACGAGUCUGAUCGUGAAUUGGCAAAAAUGAGAAAUACAUAAUAGGAAAAUUUAUAAUUAAUUAUUAUUGCAGAAAGAAGAAGAAUUUGGACACAGAAGAAUUUUGAACACCGGGGUUUUGGACCGACCAGGGAUAUUAUUUUUCGAGCGCUCGAAAAUGUAUUUCUCAUUUUUGCCAAUUCACGAUCAGACUCGUAUAUUACGAAUAUCGAUAUUUUUAUUUCUUUUUAUUUUUCCAAUUAUUAUUAUUUUUAUAAUAUGUAUUUCUCAUUUUUACAAAUUUUCUUUCUGACUCGAAUAUUGAGAAUAUCGAUAUUUUAAUUUCUUUUUAUUUUUCCAAUUAAUAACAUAAAAUUAAAUAACGCGUCAUACACAUUCGUGAAUCGGAAUUAAAAACGAAUUUUUUAAGACAAUUCCCGUGAAAAUUGGUGCACGUUUUCGGAAAAGCCGCUCUGCUGAACAUUUACCGUAUAUAAUAUUGCUUAUUUGCUUAAUAAAUUUAUACAAGAAAAUAUCCAUAUGCAUGAAUAGAGGAAUUUUGCGAAAAAAGAGGAAUUUCACGAAUUGCCUUAUCAUCACAUGGCAGCGCUCCAUUUCGUCGUAAUUUUUGGUAAACAAAUGAGGUUCAAACAAGCGUAAAAUGUAAUUUUUAAAAUAAAGAUUUUUUAGGUAAAAAACCUGUUAAAUGUGUAAAAUGUGGUUUUAUUUAAAAGUUAAUAGUGUAAAUUAAUUAAUUUGAAGUGAAAAAUGUGAAAAAAGUGCGUUUAAUGUAGUGAAAUAGCGUCUUGAAAUGGUCCAAUUUUGCGAUUUUUCGGACUUUAAGGUCGAAUAUCUCGUAAACUAAGCGUUUGCGGACCCUAUAACCCUAUAUAUUUUUUAAUCAGGAGGACUUCCUCUUUCCAACGGUACCUUCAGAUCGCGGCGCCAAAGUAAUCGGAAUUGUGCCAAGAGUUUAUAAAGAUGGAUUGUUUUGAACACUUGUAUUAUUUAUUAUAAUUAAUUAUUGUAAUCGCGACCUCUUUGCUUUUUUACUUGGGGAACAUUUUAAUCAUUGAGUAUUUAUGUUAGGGUACCAUGAUACUUGUUUUCUAGAUCGAGUUGAUGUUAAGUAGAAAAGUUUAAAAAGCUUACAGACAUAAUUUGAUUACUGUUUACGUAGAUAUCAUUAAUCAGCUUAAAGCUGUUUUGUCCAAUUGGAUAACUUAGAAGUAGAAAUUAGGUUGUUCGAAAAGGUUACGUCAGUGUAAGUAUACCAAUUGCCUUACGUGAAGCGAAACAAUUCUGACAGUUUGAUUACUCAAACUAAAAUAAAAAGUUGAUGUUUGGUGAAAAAUAUUUUCUUAAACAGAUUUUAAGUGGCUUUUGUUUAACUUUCUGCCAAAUAAAUUCAACUUUAUGCUGUGAUUAAUUCCACAUUAACUUAAGCAAGCAAAUCCAUUGUUAAACAGUUUAGAAGUACAAAGUAUACUGAAGUGCUCUUCAUAAAUAGUGAAUCCUUUAAGUUUUCGGUCUUAGUAGCGCUUCAGCUGUAUAGUCGAAUAGCGCUUUGGGAACCGAUUAAUUUCAGUUUGAAAUGAACAUAACACAAUUGUACUUGAGCUAUUACAGCAAAUCGGGCGAACAGCAUGACGAGGCGAAUCUCGUAGCCGCCCAUGCGACAAUUCAAGUCAUUCACAAUUAUCUUCUCGAGAUGGGCACCUUCUUCACGCUAAUUUUAUGCUGUCAUGAUCAUCAUACAUGCAAUUUUUACAACAAUCUCAUGGAAAAGCUGUUCCACAUGUGGGGUAUAUCUAUGGUGCGCUUUGUAGUGUUCCACAAGCACUCUGUGCAACGCGUUAAUGGCACAAAGCGUUUCAAUCUCAUACUAACGGACUCAUUUCGAGCAUUUCGUGAGAUCGACAUUGCGUCCGACUCGCGUCACAACAACUACAACGAGUAUUACUAUAUCUUUCUGCAAGUGCGCGAUGCGGAGAUGCAGUCCAAUCUGCAGCAGAUCUUUGCUUACUGUUGGGCGAACUCGAUGAUUAACUGCAGUGUACAGACACAGAAUGCGCGUGGUGAAAUAAUGGUCUACUCUUAUUUUCCCUUUACGGACCACUUUUGCGGUAGCGUGGAACCGACGCUUAUAAGUCGUUUUAAUGGCACGCACUUCCUCAACCCGACACUAUUUCCACGCAAGUUAAGAAACUUCCAUGGCUGUGUCUUGCGCGCCGCUAUUCGACACAUACCACCUUUCACCUACUUGCGUACUGAUGAGCGGGGCGUCAGCCUUGUAGCGGGCGGCAUUGAGGGCCAUUUGUUGAGUCAGCUGAGCGAAAUAUUAAAUUUCACAAUCGAAGUUAAAGUGCCACCCGAUAAUAUAUUUCAGUUUGGCGCUAUUAGAAUGCUACAGCACGGCGAAGCCGAUAUGGCUUUGGGUGCUUUCAGUCAGAGUCCCGCUCUGCUGGAUAUUGUUUCAGCCGUCUCCAGCUAUUACCAGACACGCCAGAUUUUAUGCGUCUCGAAGAAGGCAUAUAUUUUAAAUUCCUUGGAACAGUUCAUAUUUCCCUUCGAUGCGAUUACAUGGUCACUCAUUUGGGGAACGUACCUGCUAUGCUGGGCUUUGUCCGCUGUGUUGAGCAAAUGUUGUAAGCAAGGUUUGGAGAAGAAUGUGCAGCCGUUCUUGAACUCGCUAUCUACUCUACUUGGCAUGCCAAUAACACAUACGCCAAUGUGUCAGUAUGGACGCCUACUAUUCAUCAUUUGGUUAUGCUUUACCCUACUGAUACGUGCCGUCUACCAGGGUGUACUCUUCACUUACGCACAUCAUGAUACAAUCGCGCCUAUGCCGUCAAAUUUGGAUGAGCUUGUUGCGCGCAAUUUCACAACCGUUAUAUCGUUUUUCAAUCGUGGUUUACUAACUGAUGUGGAGCUUUUGCGAAAACUACCAACGAUUACGACAACGGGCUUGGAUGGUUUGAGCGUCUUCGAUUAUGUCAGACACGUCUCCAAACGGAAUUACGUCGCGAUUGAAACUCAAGAUUUCUUGAGUUACUACAAGAAGCGGCACAACAAGACGGAUUAUUUUGUGAUUUUGAGCAAUGAUUUUAUGAAUUUUCAAAGCACCAUGUAUUUGGCAAAGCAUUCAUUCUUGAUUGAUCAGUUUGAGCAGGAGAUUUGGUGGAUACGCUCGGCGGGCUUGGUGAAGGGCUGGUAUCAGGUAGAGUUGAGCGAUAGAAGUAAAGAUCCAAAUGAUGUUGACGUCAUCGCUUUGGGAGAUAUUUAUGUCGUUUUUGUAGUGCUUGGUAUAGGCUUAGGAUUAGCACUGUUGGUUUUUGGCUUGGAAAUUUUGUCACUUCGUGUAAGGAUUUUAAAAAGACUACUUUCUAAAAUGUAGUUAGUCCAUAAUAAUGCACCUCGGUAGUUCUUAAACAUACCUUUUGGCCAUUAAUAGCUUAUGCAUAUACAAAAUAAAAUAUUUUCUUUUGAAAACAAUGAAAAGUAAAGCAAAAAUAUUGAUAAUUUUCGGAGAUACUUUUCAUUACCUGAAACUACCAUGAAACUUAUAAAAAAUAUAUUUUCUCUACAUUUUAAUAAGCAAUAAAAUAUAGCAAUACUUCUGUGGAAUAAAAA